UUCAGGAAACCAGCGGUCUGUCGGUCUGUCGUCGCUCGCAGUUCACUAGAACUCAAGAGUAGGAGGCGAAGGGGGAAAUACGUCCACAAGAUAAUGAAGCCUGACUCUCACUUCGUGUCACCGCGUUAGGGUUUUACGCAACUCCGUCAAAAGCUCGACCUUAAACGGUAAGACACUUCGUUGUCACACACGUUGUGAUUUGGCUGUGCCCACCAUGUCCAGAAGUGGGUGGUCCAAGCGUUCUAGGCAAGGGGCAUUCCCAGGCCUGCCCGACCCCCCUCAGGGUCCGGGCAUCCAUGUCUACUUGUUCUGCUCAAAGGAAGGUGAAAGAUAUUUGUCUCACACAAACGGAGGAGUCACAGCAGAGGACUUGUGCAUCUCAGCGGCAGAGGCAGUAGGGAUAACUCCUCUGUGCCAUGUAUUGUUUGCGCUGUACAACCCGCAGUCACGGUGCUGGUACAGUCCAAACCAUGACUUCAAUCCAGACAACUCCAGCCUCGUUCUUCACUACUGCAUGAGGUUUUACUUUCGGAAUUGGCACGGGCUGAAUCAGAAGGAGCCAGCUGUGUCUCGAUAUUCUCUCAGAUCUGGGACAAAUCAGGGCGGCUCCCCACUGCUUGAAAUCGCAUCCUUACAAUACUUAUUCUCCCAGGCUAAAUAUGAGUUUGUGAACGAAGUAAUACAGAUGGAAGACCUUCAGUCGGCGGAGGAUAUAAGUCGCUUCAAAAAUGAAAGCUUGGGGAUGGCCGUGCUUCAACUCUCUCACCAGGCAUUGCAAACAGGUUGCACCUUACAAGAGGUUGCUGAAAAAGUCAGCUUCUCACACUGCAUACCGAGGACUUUUGCCAAACAGAUUUCCAAAGACAGCUUCCUGACAAAAAUCAGGAUGCGGCGGGUGUUUGCAGAGUUUGUGCGGAAAUUCCAGCACACCGUGGACAAGGGACAACUAGGCGCCCAUGAGAUCAUGUAUAAGUACAUCUCUACUCUUGAACACUUGGCACCACGUUUUGGUACGGAGACCUUCCCAGUAUCCCACCUGGAACUAAGAGAGGACGGGGAUGAAAGCAGCUCUUACUCCAACACCACCCACGCAGAGGGUGCCUCGAAAGAUAACUUCAGAAUGCCUGCCACACAUGAGAUAAUGGUGUCUGGCACCAAGGGUAUUCAGUGGAGAAAGGUGUCCGCUCAGAAGGCGCAGGCAAACAGUUACCUCAGGAACGACUACAUGAACUACAUGAAGAAAACAAAACAACAGUCCAGCCAACCGAAUGCAAACACUCCUAAUAAAUGGACCUCCUUCUGUGAUUUCCCUGAAAUAACUCACAUAGCCAUCACCGGAGAUACUGUGUGCAUUAGCACUCAGGACAGUCACUGCAUGGAGGUUCAGAUGAACUCCAGCCAGGAGGCCCGUUCCUUCAUCUCCCUCCUAGAUGGAUACAACCGACUGACUGCGUUCGCCCACCACUAUCUUUGUCAUGAAGUGGCUCCCCCAAGGGUAGUGCUGAGUGUAGCAAAUGGACUGCAUGGACCUAUGCAUGAUGAUUUUGUGCUGCUGAAGCUGAAAAAGGAAGCAGCAGAGGAGGGAGCUUUCCUCGUACGUUGGAGUGCUGUGGACUAUCACCGCAUCAUCCUGGCUGUCCUGAGCAAAAAUGGGAAUGGAUCAAAGCCGAGCCACAAGCAGUUUCGGAUACACCACAAGGGUUCGAUGUUCUCUCUGGAGGGAUGGGACCGAGAAUUCCCCAGCAUGAAGGAGCUCGCAGAAAGCCUCAAGACCUAUGUCCUCAAGUCUGGUCCAGACAGUUUUACUGUCAAAAAAUGCUGUUUGCCAAAACAAGCAGAGCUAUCCAACCUUCUGGUGAUGAGGCAGGGUGCUCACACAGACUCCUUGUCCCUAAACAUGGCCCAAGUACGCUUUCACCAGAUCAAGGAAAAAGACAUCAUACAGGAACAGCAUCUGGGCCGCGGAACCAGAACAAACAUCUACUCGGGACGUCUGCUGGUGCGUGGUGGAGAACAUGAGGAUGAUGACGAGUUCAACAACAACUCCGCUGACCGCAAAGGGAUCCAAGUGGUUCUCAAGAUUCUAGACCAAAGUGAUAAAGAUACUGAUAUAGGAUUUUUGGAAACCGCAAGUCUCAUGAGCCAGGUGUCCCACAGGCACCUGGUGUUUGUACAUGGCAUGUCAGUCAAAGGAUCUGAAAACAUCAUGGUGGAAGAAUUUGUGGAGUUUGGGCCUUUGGAUGUUUUCCUUCGCAGAGAAAAGGCCUCAGUGACACCUCAGUGGAAAUUCAUUGUUGCAAAACAACUUGCAAGUGCCCUCAAUUAUCUUGAGACUAAAUGGCUGGUUCAUGGAAACGUCUGUGCCAGGAACAUUCUGGUGGCGAGGCGUGGUCUGGAGCAAGGCACUACUCCUUUUGUCAAGCUGAGCGACCCAGGGAUCGCCCUGAGCGUCCUUUCACGCGAAGAGCGUCUUGAGCGCAUCCCGUGGAUUGCCCCUGAGUGUGUUGAAAGCGGUGCAUCCAUUGGCAACGCUGCUGACCAGUGGAGCUUUGGCAUCACCCUGCUUGAAAUCUGCAACAAUGGCGAUCUUCCCAUGAGUGGCAGCACGCUGUCUGAAAAAGAGCGCUUUUUUCAGCAAAAGGGCCGUUUAGCUGAGCCAUCCUCACAGGAGCUGGCCAGUUUCAUCAGCAUGUGUUUGACCUACGAGCCCGUGGAGAGGCCUUCGUUCCGCACUGUGCUCAGAGAGCUCACCGAAAUCAUGAUCAAGAAUCCUGAUAUAUCCCCCAGCGAAACUCUACCUGACACAGACCCUAGCAUAUUCCAUAAACGGUACCUGAAAAAGAUGCGGGACUUAGGAGAGGGACACUUUGGGAAGGUGACUCUCUACUUGUAUGACCCGACCAACGAUGGGACAGGAGAACGUGUGGCAGUGAAGGCUUUGAAACAGGAAAACGGUCAUGUGCCUGAGGGCUGGAUGAAGGAGAUUGAGAUCCUGAAGUCCCUCUAUCACUGCAACAUUGUCAAGUACAAGGGCUGUUGUACUGAGCUGGGAGGACAAGUGGUGCAGCUGAUAAUGGAGUACCUUCCCCUGGGGAGUCUGCGAGAGUACCUUCCCAAACGUAAACUGGGAAUGCAGCAGUGCCUUAUGUUUGCUCAGCAGAUCUGUCAGGGUAUGGAGUACUUGCACUCGAAGCGAUACAUCCAUCGAGACCUGGCCGCCCGUAAUGUUCUAGUGGAAAAUGACAAUUUGGUAAAGAUUGGAGACUUUGGCCUGACCAAAUACAUCCCUGAAGGCGAGAUCUACUAUCGUGUCCGUGAGGACGGGGACAGUCCAGUGUUCUGGUAUGCCAUUGAGUGCUUGAAGGAGAGCAAGUUUUCCUUUUCCUCUGACAUUUGGUCCUUCGGCGUUACAUUGUAUGAGAUCCUGACCCGCUGUGAACAUCGCCAAAGCCCUCCGAUAAAGUUCUUUGAAAUGAUGGAGGCAACCCAGGGACAGAUGACUGUGAUGGUACUCAUAAAACUGCUGGAGAAACAGCUGCGAUUACCUCGUCCCAAAGACUGCCCGCAUGAGGUGAAGCUGUUAAUGGAGCAGUGCUGGGCUACAGAGCCGGCACAGCGGCCAUCAUUCAGCGACCUCAUCGAAAAGUUUGAGGCUAUUCGCCAAGCAUACAACUGGCAGUCUAAUAUAAACUUUUCCUUGGCUCAGAUUUGCUGAUUGGGACUCGGGAAAAUCUUCUUGUGUACAUGUCAUCACUUCACCACUAUAACAACCAUAUAUUACAAUCAGUAAUGUGACUCCUGCUGUGCAAUGCCUACUGUCUCCAUUUACACAGACAUCUUUAUACUUUUGGUUUCUUUUUGAUAGACUGCUGUCUCUCAUGUAUAUUAACACGACGAUAAACUCAAUCAGUGUGAGUUUUUUUUACUUGACUAAUUAGUUAAACUUUAUGAAGAAAGGUGAUACCUGUCAGCUUGUCUUUCAAAUGUUAUAGGUUUGCAUAUAUCACAGUAAGUAUUAAGAAUUUCUGUAAGGUUGGGAGAUAACUAUCCUUCAUUUUAUGUUUUUUUGUACAUUGUUUGAGUGUAUGUUACCUUUGCCUUCUUGAUUUUGUAUAAAGCAAAAGAACAAAUUGAAAAUCUGCGAAGCCAUUUUUCACACGCCCUUUUAUUAAAGACUGAAACAUAUUGA